CUCCCUGGAGAGCGCGUGAGCCGAAGCGCUGGCUGCGUGUGAAGGAGUACUAUGAAGCUUCCGAACAUCCUGCUCACCGGUACACCAGGGGUUGGAAAAACCACACUAGGCAAAGAACUUGCAUCAAGAUCAGGCCUGAAGUACGUUAAUGUGGGAGAUCUAGCUCGGGAAGGGCACUUGUACGAUGGCUAUGAUGAGGAGUAUGGCUGCCCCAUCCUAGAUGAGGACAGGGUUGUGGACGAGUUAGAGCCUCAGAUGACAGAGGGCGGCGUGAUCGUUGAUUACCACGGUUGUGAUUUCUUUCCUGAACGCUGGUUCCAUAUAGUGUUCGUGUUGAGGACAGACAAUGGUAUAUUGUACAAACGACUUGAAACAAGGGGUUAUCACGAGAAGAAACUACAAGAUAAUAUUCAGUGUGAGAUUUUUCAAGUUCUCUAUGAAGAAGCCAUGGCAUCUUACAAAGAAGAAAUUGUGCAUCAGCUGCCCAGUAACGAGCCAGAGCAGCUAGAGGACAAUAUCAACCAAAUCUCAAAGUGGAUCGAGCAGUGGGUGAAAGACCACAACCCUUAACUUAGAGGCCGGGCAGCUGGGCAGCCAGGCCACCGCAGUCCACACCUUCAGUCUCAGAUCUUAGGAGGCAGCAGCCGGUCUACACAGUGAGUUCUAGGCCAGCGAGGGCUGCACAGUAAGACUCUGUUUCAUAGAAAGAAGACCUGGCCCCAGUCACUCGGUCCACACAGUACAAAUGCCUAAGGAUGAGCAGAAGAAAACUUGGGUUGCAGCUCUAGCUGCUGCCUGGUUUCUUUUUCUCCAUGAGAAAGCUUAAACAAUCUCAGAUAUGAAUAUAACUUAUUAAAGGUUGAAAAUUGCCUUCAAAUUGAAUUGAUAAUAAAUCUGAUUAAUGGGUACAUAUCUCUUAAAUUUAAUCACUAAAAUGUAGGUGAUCGCUUAAAAUAAAAAUGGAAAAUUAAAGAUACAA